CUGGAACGGUACUGGUUACAAAUGUGGGGAAAGGAAACGAUACUUCUUUCAGAACUGCAUUCACAGAAGCACCCAUACUCCAGACCUCCUCCGCCUCCUCCUCCCCCUCGUAGGUACCAACAUUUUAUGCGUCAAGGUAACGUCAUCAAUUGUUCCAGUUGUUCCGUAUCCCAAUUUAGCGUCAGCUAAUUGCCCUUUCAGUCUAUGACGUUUACUUCUGAGGCCAUGACACUGUAGCCCCCACGGAAUUAAGUUUGAGCCCAUAACCAUCCAAAGGGUAGCAGAUCUUAUUGCGAAAUGAUCAGGCUAUAAUUCCGUGUCGAAUACGACUCGGUGCUAGCCAUUGACUGGGGUUUAAAUAGGUGGGUUUCCCCAAUCUAAAUAUCUUUGAUUAAUUAACAUGUUGGCUAUCCUCUUGCUAUUAGCACCCAUACUUGCAGCUCCAGGGUCUGUCACUAGUGCUGCUACCACGACAGACCCAAUUAACAAGGAUUCGACCGUUUACGUCUUUCCUACAGAUCCUUCUCCUCGCUAUGCUAAUUCAGUACCUAAGCCAACAGCUCCUGCUCCAACAUAUGCUGCUGCUUUCUCGGAUCUUUCCUCCUUGUUGCCAUCAGGAAUAGAGACGAGAACCUGGGGAAACUGGGACCCGUUGGAAACAGAAACUGCCUCUGAUACCUCGGACCCGUAUGGGGAUUACGCCUGGAGCCAGCUCUGGGAUGCAGUAACCCUCUACAAUAUCACGUCAAGCACCGACAUGUACUCGUCCGUGGUCGAGCCCACGCCAAUUCCCAGCUCUGAAUUGGUUCUUCCUCCAGAGGAUAUAGUCAAGUUUGACGAUUCCUUGAAAUUUCCAAAAGAUUUCGUGUUUGGAGUUGCUGGUUCUGCUGCCCAGAUCGAAGGUGCCAUCUUCAAAGAAGGAAGAAGUCCCAGUGUGCAAGAAUUGUUGUUGCCCAACCCAAAAACUCCACAGGACUAUGUCACCAAUCAGAACUACUACCUUUACAAGCAAGACAUUGCCAGAAUUGCGGCUAUGGGAGUCAAGUAUUACUCUUUCAACAUUCCAUGGUCUCGUAUAUUGCCAUUUUCUAUGCCAGGAACUCCCGUGAACCAAGCAGGAAUUGCUCACUAUGAAGACUUGAUCAACACUUGCUUAGAAUACGGUGUCACUCCUGUGGUGACAUUGGCCCAUUUUGAUACCCCUGCUGCCUUCGUCAAUGACGAAUUUCCUGUGUCGACUGUUGCAAGGAAGAACAAUACUGGCUCUUUAUACCCUUUGUUCAACAACGCUGGGUACUGCAACGAGUCUUUCGUGGAAGCAUUUGUCAACUAUGGUAAAAUUGUGAUGACCCAUUUUGCAGACAGAGUGCCUAUAUGGGUUGUUAUUAAUGAACCACUUCUUUAUUCUGCAUACCCAAUUGGGGUGAAGAAUGUGAUCAACGCAACUGCCCAAAUCCACAAGUUUUACCAUCAAGAAAUCAAGGGUACGGGUAAGGUCGGAAUUAAGUUGAACAACAAUUUUGCCAUGCCAAAGAAUGCAAGUGAUCCUGAGGAUGUGAGAGCUGCCGACAGAGCACAGGACUUUUUCAUCGGAAAUUUCCUCAAUCCCAUGGUCAAGGGCGAAGACUAUCCUAACUCUUGGAAGGAUACCUUUACCAGUUACAACGGCACAAUUGACCCCAACAACGAGUUCUUAUUCACGCCAGAACAGUUGGAAGAAGUUGCUGGCUCGACUGAUUUCUUCGGCAUUGAUCCAUACACCAUUAGUAUUACUACUGCACCAGAUGGUGGUAUCGAGGCGUGCCAGGCGAACACUAGCCAUCCAAUGUGGCCCCAGUGCGUGAACCAAACCAGUAUCAGAGAGGACGGAUGGAAUAUUGGGUACAGAUCUGAAAGCUACGUGUACAUUACCCCCAAGCAGUUCAGAGACUACUUGAACUACAUGUGGGUUUCUUUCAAGAUUCCAAUUUUUGUUGGGGAGUUUGGAUUUCCUGAGUUCAAGGAAGGAGAAAAGUUACUUCCCGACCAAUUGUUUGAUUUGAACCGUUCGUUGUACUACAGAACAUUCAUGGAGGCCAUCUUGGAGGCCAUCCACCAUGAUGGGGUGGAUGUCAUGGCUGCGUUUGCUUGGUCGUUCGCUGACAACUGGGAGUUUGGGGACUUUGGUGCUCAGUUUGGGCUUCAGGUGGUCAACAGAACCACCCAGCAGAGGUACUACAAGAAGAGUUUCUUUGACUUGGUGCAGUAUAUCGAGGAGCGGUCGUGAAGGGGUAUUGCAGCAAGUAAGGAAAGAGCUCUUGAGGAGUAGCGAGAUUGUCGUAUAAUGAUGUUGAAGUAACUAUGAAAAUGUUUAUAGGAAGUAAAUUGAUAUGUCAUGAUAGGAUAUUGACCCAUGGUUAUAGUCACAAGAUAAUGAAAUGUAACUGAAGC